CAAAUUCCUUCAAGUAAUAAGCUUUUUCAAGUCCGUAAUUCAUUCAUCGUUCUCAAUGUCGUUGUCGCCACCCAAAAAAUCCCAUGAACGAGGCUUUAGCCAUGCUCUUUUUCAAUGCGCAGACCUCAUCCUUCCAUGGCUAACCCCUCAAGAACUGGCUAAUGUCUCCCUCACCUGCAAAACCCUUCACCAAAUCGCUCACUCCAUCACUCUCCAUCGCUCCCUCGACGUUUCAAGAUCCUUUGAAAACCUUCCCAUUCCAUUUCACAACACCGGCGAUCAACAUCCUUAUGCCUACUUCAUUUACACCGCUUCUCAAAUAAUCCUCUCUUCUUCUCCUUCUUUGAACCGCCAAUUUUGGGGACCCAACUCGUCGCGAAGUCCGGUCCUGCCCUGGUCGGACUCGUCGGGUGCUGAAAUGGGUUGUGCUCGUGACUCAUUGAUUCGACCCGGAGCGAGCUGGGUGAAUAUGGUGGACGAGUCAGGGUGUGAGUGUGAGAGGUGUGAGAAAGUGAGUGAAGACAAUGUGAUUGGGUGUGCGUGUAUGGAGCUGGAUGGGGAUGAGGGGAUGGGGAUAAUGAGCGAGUGUAGAACGAGUUGCGGCUGCGGUCUGGAGUGUGGGAAUCGGCUGAGUCAGGGAGGAAUACGAGUCAAGUUGAAGGUUGUGAGAGAUUUAAGAAAAGGGUGGGGAUUAUAUGCUGCUCAGUGGAUCCAGCGAGGCCAGUUCGUCUGUGAGUAUUCAGGUGAGCUUUUAACAACCAAAGAAGCUAGGAGGAGGCAACGAAUCUAUGAUGAACUUGCUUCAAACAGACGCUUUUCGUCCGCUCUUCUAGUUGUUAGAGAACAUCUUCCAUCUGGCAAUGCUUGCUUGAGGAUUAAUAUAGAUGCCACGAGAGUUGGAAACAUUGCUGGCUUCAUUAACCACUCCUGUGACGGCGGUAACCUAUCAACAGUACUCGUAAGAAGCUCAGGGGCGUUGGUGCCUCGUCUUUGUUUCUUCGCUUCAAAAGACAUAAAAGGAGAGGAGCUCUGUUUUAGCUACGGCGAAAUAAGGGUCCGGCCUACGGGGUUGAAAUGUUUCUGCGGCAGCUCUAGUUGUUUCGGAACUAUACCUUCGGAACAUACUUGAAAGCCACCUCAUCAACUGAAAGGCAUUGCUCAGCAAGUGAUUGGUAAUGAUCAUAAAAUGCUGACAAGCUGUUAGACCCCUUUCUCGAAUCUCGAAUCUCACUG